CACGCGCGUUUGGACCGGUCACGCUCAAGCCUGGGGUAUGGAAAAGCUGCCAGAGCAUGCCCUUCUCCGAGUUUUCUCUUACCUGCCCGAGCGUCGGUGACCUAGUACGGAGCUCUAUGGUGUGCAAGAAAUGGAGGCACCUUCUGGACUCCACGGAGCACCCGUGGGAACAAGCUCUCUCCAGCGAGGUGCCCCAAGACUUCAUUUCUGACAAACUGGUCCAGAACCUGACGCCGAAAUCCAAGUUUAUUGCCUAUAUGUGUACCUGGAGCGAGGAGCACCACUCUAAGAACAUAGAAAUGAUGCCCAACAAGCUCACCUUACACAGACGACCGGUAGCACAGUCGACAGAUGCAAUUCGAGGCAAACGGGGUUUCUCUCACGGGCAGCACUACUGGGUUGUCAUCUGGCAUGGUCCCAGCUUUGGCUCCAAUGCAGUGGUGGGUAUAGCUAUAGAGAGCUGUCGGCUCCAGGGAAAGGGCUACUACUCUCUCUUGGGUUCAGACAGCAACAGCUGGGGCUGGGACCUCUCCAAGAGGCAGCUGCAGCACCACGGUCGAAAACUGGGGGAGCUACCCACAAACUGGAGGUGUGGAGGUUCAGUUACACCAGAGGAUCGGGGUGCACCUGGACAUGACUCACAGAACUCUUGCUUUUGACAUAAACGGCAAAUACCUUGGAGUGGCUUUCAGAGACUUACCCUCGGGACCCAUCUACCCCGCGAUAUCUUCUGUCUAUGGAAAUAGUGAAAUCUCUCUUAUAUAUCUAGGUCUACCUCUAGUAGGAUGAGGUUGUUGUCUUUUUAGGAUCUCGUUUUGUAAUGUGUGUGAGUUCAGUUGUGCAGGUCAGUGUACGUACACACCUGGGGCCAUGUGAACUCGUGCGUCAGGCCUGAACCCAAUCUGCUCGAUCUUUUUUUUGUUUUCUUCAAGCUAUAUAUAAACUGCCUAUUUUGCUCACAAUGUUACCUAUUUUCCCCACCACUCAGAUGAAACUCAGGUGAACUUCAUAAUAUAAAACAUUUAUCGAAAAGUGUAUCAUAAGAGAAGCUU